AUGAUGAAGCUUCGGCAGCGACGGGGAAAUCGAUUUUUGCCGGUCGAUACGGAUGCCUCGGUGGAAAUUCCGGCAUCCCCUGCCACAGUUGGUGUGGUGACACCUGAUGAGGGUCCUGAAGUGAGCAAAUCAACAAGCAUCAAACAGGAGUUUUUGAUAGCACUGCAAGAAAACAUUGUCUCUCGAAAAGGAAGGAACACACCUCUGUUCGCCUUUAUCAGGAAAGGGAACAUUUUAUACGAGAAAGGUUGGCUCCGAAGAGAGUUGGUAGAUCCUGAAACUGCAUCACGGUCAACAAUACGCCCAAACGAACACAGCAUUAUUCUAUUUUUAUUCAUGGGUUUGUCGGGAACUGGCCCUGAUGCGUCUACCGAUAUUGAAGAGAAAGCGGCCAACGCCGCGCCAAUGCCAUCACUCAGUCAAGCUUGGGGCUUUGCAAAUAAGAGCAUGCGCAGAGCCUGUAAUACUGCUUUGAAGAACAACAGUUUUUUUGAUACUCUUGUGGAUGGUAUCAGAAAAGAUGCUGAAACAAAGAAAAGAUGCAAGAGCGGCACUCCAGCAAGAGGGCAAAUCGUGCAAUCAGAUGACGUGGACGGCUUCCUUUCUCCUGACUCUAUUGUCAUAGGGAGAACAUUCAAACGGCGUGAUAUGAAAGCAACUCCGACACUUGAGGCAGGGAUAGACAAUCUAGCUUUGGAGUCUCCAGAAACACCCACGGCUAUGAGGUUUUUUGGCUUUGGCGAACAAGAGACUGGUGCAAAUGAUGGCAUUGGUGGAGAGCAGCGUCGCAAACGACUUGACUUUGGAUCUCCGUUCACUGAACAAUCAGCUGUCAGCCGCUUUGCUUCAGGAGGUUUUGGAUCACCGCUUGUGGAAGCGAUCCAUGAAGAAGAUGAGGAUUCUGCAGUUGCAACGACAGAAAACAGUUUCCAUAUUGGGACUCAAACUGACUUGAAAUCGAGGUUAGAGGCAGAAAUCAGAGACCAUUGCAUUAGUAGAGACUGUGAAGAAGAGAUCCGCCGGGCCCUUUACCACCUCUUUCAGAGCAAAGCUGUACCGAUUAGUCGGUCAUCUACUACAGAUGAGAAUGAGGUUUUGACAAUUCGCCAGGUUCGCAAAGGCUCCAGCAUCAAGAUCCUUCGAAUUAAAGAGAGCCGACACAACACCAAGAAAGACAUCCGAGGAAGGAAACUUAAGCGGAAAGCUAGAUUGGUGGAAACGCUGUUUGCCAACUUGGAUGCGUCUCACAAUGAGAUUGUAUCAAUGAUAAAAAUCAUUGGGAAGAAUUAUUCACUCCGUGUCUUAGAGGAAGAAGAGUGUUGUUUGAGUAUCCAACAAUGUGCUGCCUUGAUGCAAUAUCUCCCAGUGACUGCUCGAGGAGUCGAACGGCUUGCACGGUUCUUCAAGACUACGUUGCCGACCUUUGGAGCGCAGUUAUUUCCCACCAUGCUCCGAAAGAAGCUCGCAGCUUUUGCUCUUGAAUCGUUCAGCCUGCGGCUUGGCUUUGAGCUUGUCUCUCUUGAGAUCGGAGGAGAAAAGCGCAACGAAAAGUGUCUUCAUGUUCAUGUUGGGUUUUCUUACCGAUCGAAAAAUCGAAGGUUUUCCAAAAUGAGAAUUUCGUGCCCGCUUUUCUCCUCUGAUCUCAAGAGAGACAAGCUCAAAGCCAAGCUGCAGGCUGAACGAUUCAAGAGCAAAAGCUGCGAGCUUCUUUCGGAGAAUGGUGGGAAAUAA